UAAUGACACACAGCAACCAGGUGGUCCCCAGCUGACAAAGAUUCAAAUUUCAAAAACUUCAAAACGCUUCCGUUCCCAUAAAAAGCUGCGAGCCCACCAAUCCUAACGGUGCGCCCUGUGACAAGAAAAAAAAUUUCAGCUGUGUGUCCCUGUUUCUGUUUCUCUCUUGGUCUCUCUGCGUCCAAUUCAAGUCAAUUACUUUCCUUUCUGCUUCUUGGGUGUAGUACUGGAAUUAUUGGGUUUCUACCUAUACUCGACCUUCUCGAUUUCGUUGCACUUUCUGUGAUAGAUGACGACCAUGGAGAGCUUGAUCGGUUUGGUUAACAGGAUCCAGAGGGCCUGCACCAUGCUCGGUGACUAUGGUGGCGGAGACAACAACGCUUUCUCUUCUCUCUGGGAGGCUCUUCCCUCCGUUGCCGUCGUCGGUGGCCAGAGUUCCGGAAAAUCCUCGGUAUUGGAGAGCAUUGUCGGGCGUGAUUUUCUUCCAAGAGGAUCAGGGAUAGUCACGAGGCGGCCAUUGGUCUUGCAGCUUCAUAAGACAGAGGAUGGGUCGCAGGAGUACGCAGAGUUCCUUCACCUCGCCAGGAGGAAAUUCACUGAUUUUUCCCUGGUUCGCAAGGAAAUCCAGGAUGAGACUGAUAGAAUAACUGGGAAGACAAAGCAGAUAUCUCCUGUUCCUAUACAUCUGAGUAUCUAUUCUCCAAAUGUGGUCAACUUAACCCUGAUUGAUCUACCUGGUUUGACAAAAGUUGCUGUUGAGGGACAACCUGAAAGUAUUGUUCAAGAUAUUGAAAGCAUGGUUCGAACUUAUGUUGAGAAGCCUAAUUGUAUCAUUCUAGCAAUAUCUCCAGCCAAUCAAGAUAUUGCAACGUCAGAUGCUAUCAAACUUGCUAGGGAAGUCGAUCCCACUGGUGAUCGGACCUUUGGUGUGUUGACUAAGCUGGAUUUGAUGGACAAAGGAACUAAUGCAUUGGAUGUUCUUGAAGGAAGAUCUUAUCGACUUCAACAUCCUUGGGUUGGAAUUGUGAACCGUUCACAGGCUGACAUCAAUAAAAAUGUUGACAUGAUAGUUGCAAGGCGCAAGGAACAUGAGUACUUUGCAACCAGUCCUGACUAUGGGCACUUGGCCAGUAAAAUGGGCUCGGAGUAUCUUGCAAAACUCCUCUCAAAGCACUUGGAGUCUGUAAUCAGGGCUCGUAUUCCAAGUAUAACAUCUUUAAUAAACAAAAGCAUUGAUGAACUUGAGUCAGAGAUGGAUCAUCUUGGUCGACCUAUUGCUGUUGAUGCUGGGGCUCAACUGUACACUGUCUUGGAAAUGUGUCGUGCAUUUGAACGAAUUUUUAAGGAGCAUUUGGAAGGAGGGCGGCCUGGAGGUGAUCGGAUUUAUGGAGUUUUUGACAACCAGCUUCCCGCUGCUUUAAGGAAGCUUCCAUUUGAUAGGCACCUUUCUCCGCAUAAUGUAAGGAAAGUGGUUUCAGAAGCAGAUGGUUAUCAGCCACACUUGAUUGCCCCUGAGCAAGGUUACCGGCGCCUAAUUGAUGGGGCACUUAAUUAUUUUAGAGGCCCAGCUGAAGCUUCUGUGGAUGCUGUUCACUUUGUUUUGAAAGAACUUGUGAGGAAGUCAAUAGGAGAAACUCAGGAGUUGAGGCGCUUUCCAACUCUUCAAGCUGAAAUAGCUGCUGCUUCUAACGAGGCCCUGGAAAGGUUUCGUGAAGAUGGUAGGAAGACAGUUGUUCGAUUGGUGGACAUGGAAUCUUCAUAUUUGACCGUGGAUUUCUUUAGAAGACUCCCCCAAGAAGUGGAGAAAGGAGGAAACCCAGCUGCCUUAACCACAGACCGUUACGCAGAGGGUCACUUUAGGAGAAUAGGCUCAAAUGUGUCCUCUUAUGUGGGCAUGGUGUCGGAGACACUUAAGAACACGAUUCCUAAGGCUGUGGUUUUCUGUCAAGUUAGGGAGGCCAAACAGUCAUUGCUAAAUCACUUUUAUAUACAAAUAGGAAAGAAAGAGGGUAAGCAGCUUUCACUAUUGUUGGAUGAAGACCCUGCAUUGAUGGAGAGGAGGCAACAGUGUGCGAAAAGGCUUGAAUUAUAUAAGGCAGCAAGGGAUGAGAUUGAUUCGGUGUCAUGGGCUCGCUGAGAUGUAUUGUUGUUCGGGGAGGCCUUGUAUUAUAGUUAUCGAUACAGAGGUUCAGGUUCUUACUGAAUUUGUUUACUUCUUGGAUGGCUCAGAGGCCCCCCUCUCGUAAUUAUUGUAUUUCGUCGUGCUAUUUUUGCAUACUAGUGAUGUAUUGUAAACCUGAUUUAUAUUUUGCUUCCUUGUGGUAAUAUAUUAGAGUGAUGUAGCUUAGUUUCUUUUA